AUGUCUACUAAAGAAACUGUUUCAAAUAUUACUGAUGAAAAGAAGGGAGAAGCCGUUGCUUCUGCCCCAAAACCACCAUCAGCUGCUGUUUUUUCUAUGUUUGGUGCCAAGAAAGCUGUGAAAAAGGAAAAUGAUGAGGAGAAGAAAGAGGAACCUGCCAAAAAUGAAGAAAAUAGCGCUGAAGGGGAAGAGGAAGCCGAUGUUCAUUUUGAACCUGUUGUUCAUUUAGAAAAGGUGGAAGUUAAAACUAAUGAAGAAAACGAAAAUACUUUAUUAAAAUUGAGAGCCAAAUUAUUUAGAUUGGAUGCAAAAGCUGGUGAAUGGAAAGAAAGAGGCACCGGUGAUGUUAAAUUAUUACAACAUAAAGAAACAAAGAAGAUCAGAUUACUAAUGAGAAGAGAUAAAACUUUGAAAGUCUGUGCUAACCAUUAUGUUUCGCCAGAUUAUACUUUGAAGGCAAAUGUUGGUUCUGAUAGAUCCUGGGUUUAUACUGUCACAGCUGAUAUCUCUGAAGGUGAACCAGAAGCUAUGACUUUGGCUAUAAGAUUUGGUAACAAGGAGAAUGCUGAUAAAUUCAAAGAAGAAUUUGAAAAGGCCCAAGAAAUCAAUAAAAAGAAUUAG